AUGGUGCCAGUGAGAAGCCCCAGGUUUGGUCCCCAGAACCAAAUAAACCUGGGCACGGUGGUGUGUGGCUAUAGUUCUGUGGGCACGGUGGUGGGUGGCUGUAGUUCCGUGGGCACGGUGGUGGGUGGCUGUAGUUCCGUGGGCACGGUGGUAUGUGACAGUAGUUCUGUGGGCAUGGUGGUGUGUGGCUGUAGUUCCGUGGGCACGGUGGUGUGUGGCUGUAGUUCUGUGGGCAUGGUGGUUGGUGGCUGUAGUUCUGUGGGCAUGAUGGUGUGUGGCUGUAGUUCUGUGGGCACGGUGGUGUGUGGCUGUAGUUCCAUGGGCACGGUGGUGUGUGGCUGUAGCUCUGUGGGCACGGUGGUGUGUGGCUGUAGUUCUGUGGGCAGGGUGGUGGGUGGCUGUAGUUCUGUGGGCAUGGUGGUGUGUGGCUAUAGUUCUGUGGGCACGGUGGUAGGUGGCUGUAGUUCUGUGGGCAUGGUGGUUGGUGGCUGUAGUUCUAUGGGCAUGGUGGUGUAUGGCUGUAGUUUCGUGGGCACGGUGGUGUGUGGCUGUAGUUCUGUGGGCACGGUGGUGUGUGGCUGUAGUUCUGUGGGCACGGUGGUGUGUGGCUGUAGUUCCGUGGGCACAGUGGUGUGUGGCUGUAGUUCUGUGGGCACGGUGGUGUGUGGCUGUAGUUCUGUGGGCACGGUGGUGCACACUUGA